CACCCGGGGGGCGGGGCUUACCUAGCGGUUUACUGAACCCUGACCAAUCGGCAUCCUGCUCUGGCUGAGGGGCGGGGAAAUUGUGUUCCUUCCAAAGCAAGGUCACGCCUAGUGAUGUAGAGCCAAACGAUUGGCCAAAGGAGUCUGGGCGCGCGCGGGCGCAGAUUGGCUGACGCAGUCUUGAAGUGAAUGGGAUAGGUUUACUGGGGAGGCGGAAGGUUUGAAUAGCCAGGCCCUGUGACUGUUGAUAUUCUUGCACUGUGGCUUUAACUUCGAUCCUCUCGGCCUAUCCAGUCUAGAAGCGGAAUCGUAGUCUGGUUAAUUGACUCCUUUCGUCAGAUUUCCUUUAAUUCUGCUCAAGUCUUCGCUUGUGACUGACUCCCCACCUUUGUUUUUCCUGAAGGUGAAUCUCUGGCUCCAAUCUGAGGAGGCCAUGUCUACAGAAUUGAUUUCAUCUGCAGAAGAGGAUGUACAUCCUGGCUCAGGACCCAGUUUUAGGUCCAGUCAGAGGAAGAUAUUAAACCUGCUCUUGGAGAGAGACACUUCCUUUACCACCUGUCCAGAUCUCCCUAGAACUCCAGUGAACAAACUCUUUGGCGAUUCUGCAAACCUAAGUGUUUUGUCUGGAGGAACCCCAAAAUGUUGCCUUGAUCUUUCCAAUCUUAGCAGUGGUGGGGAGAUGUCUGCCAGUCAGCUUACCACUUCUGCAGACCUUGAUGAAACAGGCCACUUGGAAUCUAAAGGACCUCAGGACAUACAUUUAGCUGGGAUGAAUCAUCACCAGCACUUUACAAAAUGCAGCCCAGCACAGCUGCUUUGUAGCACUCCAAAUGUUUUGGACUGUGGCAACAGGAAGAAAGAUGCAGUAUGUAGCUCACCCACAAAUAAAGAAAAUAAGAAUAACACUUUGAAGUCCUCUGAGUGGUGGGCAUCCAGGAGCCUGAAGUUUCAAAAGACACCAGGGGAGCCUUACAUGUCUCCCCUUUCUCUACUGGACAAUGGAAAGUUGGUGGAAGGAGAAAUGAAAUAUCUGGGCAGUCCCAUUACUAUACUUCAAAAAUUGGAUAAAAAUUCAGAACUAGAAGAACACCAGGCAGAGGAGAUUUCAAAUGAAUUGAUGGAGUUUUCUCUGGAAGAUCAAGAAGAGAUCCAGGCAUCUCUGAAUAGAAGCUCCUUGUAUCGCUCGCCUUCACUGCCAGAGACUCUGAACAGGCCAAGACUGAAUCAGGUGGUAAAAUUCAAGGACAAUCCCAUAGCGGAUAAAGUAAAACAGGAGUAUUGUUCUCACAACAAAGAAUUCAGGAAGGGCUUAGGUCUAAAGAAGGCAGUCUCUCUCUGUGACAUUAAUAUCACUCAGAUGCUGGAGGAAGAGUCUAACCAGGGGUCUCUGAUUGGUGAUUUCUCCAAGGUGGCUGCCUUACUGUCAGGGAAGUUCCAGAGUCUGAUUGAGAAGUUUUAUAUCAUCGAUUGCCGCUAUCCAUAUGAGUACCAGGGAGGACACAUCCAGGGAGCCUUAAAUUUGUACAGUCAGGAAGAACUAUAUGACUUCUUUCUGAAGAAGCCUGUCAUGCCUCUGGACACCCAGAAAAGAAUAAUCAUCGUGUUCCACUGUGAAUUCUCCUCAGAAAGGGGUCCCCGAAUGUGCCGCUCUCUCAGAGAAGAGGACAGGGCUCUGAACCAGUAUCCUGCAUUGUACUACCCAGAGCUAUAUAUCCUUAAAGGGGGCUACAGAGACUUCUUUCCAGAAUAUACGGAACUGUGUGAACCACAGAGCUACUGCCCUAUGCAUCACCAAGACCACAAGGCUGAGCUGCUGAGGUGUCGAAGCCAGAGCAAAGCAUGGGAAGGGGAGCGGCAGCUGCAGGAGCAGAUUGCCUUACUGGUGAAGGAUGUGAGCCCAUGACAAUGGAUCAGUGGUUUGCUGCUUACAAGUCACCCAAAGACACUGUAGAAACCCUGAACAGAAAGAGCCAUGUUGAAUGUGGCAAAACCCAACAUUGUUAAAAGAUGGCUGCAAACCAACAGGCUGCCAAGAUAAUGAAAUUCUAGGCCUGGAGGUUGGUUUUAGCAAAACUGCUGGCUGUUGACUAAGUCCCGGAGCUGGCUUUAGAAGGCUGUAGCUUUGGGUUGGAUGGAGAUUUGUGUUGCUUCAGGAAGUGGUUACAUUCUCUUCCCAAUUAAGUGUCUUCUUACAAGCCAGCCAGCUCUUUCUCUCCCUGGGUCUGUGCAAGGGAGUUGGGCAUCUUCUUUCUCUGUACUUUCCUUCUUUGUUUCCCUCUCUCUCUUUUUCUUAAAUGGGAAAAUAAACACUACAAAAUUAGA